UGCGCAGAAGCUAUAUAUGAAGUGAACCGAAAUGCCUUUGGCGAGCGAGGAGUGGCGGAAGGGACUAAUGGAGGGGUGGUGGAAUUAUCAUUGGGCGCCGGUGGGGAUAGCGGUGGCGGUCGUAGUGAUUGGGAGCCUGAGAUGGGCGGCGAAGAGAGGGAACGUUUGGUGGCAAGAGUCGGGCCUGCCGGAAGAAACGCGACGGCGGCUGCCGCCGGGGGAUUACGGCUGGCCACUCAUCGGCAACAUGUGGUCUUUCCUUUCGGCUUUCAAGUCUCAUGACCCCGAUUCCUUCCUCCGCACUUUCACCAACAGAUAUGGAGGGCGUGGGCUUUACAAGGCGUUGAUGUUUGGACGGCCCAGCGUGUUCGUGACAACCCCGGAAGCAAGCAAGCGAGUGCUAAUGGACGACGAAGCCUUCAAGCCCGGCUGGCCCACCUCCACGGUGGAGCUAAUGGGCAAGAACUCCUUCAUCGGAAUCUCCUACGAAGAGCACAAGCGGCUCCGACGUCUGACCGCCACCCCCGUCAACGGGUACGAAGCCCUCUCCCUAUACAUGACCUUCAUCGGGGAGAACGUCGCCGCCGCUCUGGAAGAAUGGUCUUCUGUCGGGGAGCCCUUGGAGCUGCUGACCCAGCUCCGAAAGCUCACUUUCCGGAUCAUAAUGUUCAUCUUCCUCAGCUCUGAGUGCGAGGACGUCAUGGAAACCCUGGAGAGACAGUACACCACGGUCAACCAUGGAGUCAGAGCCAUGGCUAUCAACCUCCCUGGUUUUGCUUACCACAGAGCCCUCAAGGCGCGUAAGAAAGUGGUGGAUGUGCUACAAUUAGUCCUAGAUGAGCGCAGAAGCAGAAUCAAACAGGAGGAUGGGAGUGGGAAGCAGCAAUUGGGAAAGAGUAAGAAGAUGGACAUGAUGGAUGAAUUGAUGGGCGUGGAAGAUGAGAAUGGGCGGAAGCUUAGAGAUGAAGAGAUCAUAGAUAUUCUCUUGAUGUACUUGAAUGCUGGCCAUGAAUCCUCCGCUCAUGUCACCAUGUGGGCAAUGGUGUUACUACAUCAACACCCUGAUUGCCUUCGCAAAGCCAGGGAGGAGUCAGAGGAAGUUGUAAAGCGAAGGAAAACCCAUCAAAAGGGUGUAUUGACUCUCAAGGAAAUACGCCAAAUGGAUUACCUAUCUAAGGUGAUAGAUGAGACACUCCGAUUCAUAACAUUCUCACUCGUUGUAUUCAGAGAAGCGAAAACAGACGUGGAUAUGAGUGGUUAUACGAUUCCCAAGGGCUGGAGGGUACUAGUUUGGUUCAGGGGUGUUCAUUUGGACCCUGAGGUAUACCUAAAUCCAAGAGCAUUUGACCCUUCCAGAUGGGAUAAUCUGACACCAAAGGCGGGUACUUUCCUUCCAUUUGGAGCAGGAACCUAUAUGUGCCCUGGGAACGAUCUUGCCAAGAUCGAAAUUGCUGCUUUCUUACACUAUUUCCUCGUCGGCUAUGAGCUCGAACUCGUGAAUCCAGAGUGCCCCUUACAGUACUUGCCUCACCCGCGACCAAAAGACAACUGUUUGGCUCGUAUCAAAAAGAUAUCGCAACAUGGGUAGUCAUCCUUCUCCUCCUCUCCAUCGUCAUCCUCUGCUUCCUGCUAGGGGGAAGAGAAGCACAUUGCACAGGUUUAUGUGUGGCAUGUUAUGUUAUGUUAUAUUGUGGUGCGAUUGAUGGUGCUAGGCUACCCUAAUUCUGUUUGUGAAACAGAAUAAUCUAGUAGGUGGUUCACUGCUGGAAAAGCUCACGAGUACCAUUGUGUGUUAGAUGUCAAUGAUUACUUGUAGUAAAUAAACAACUUGUGUUCUUUGUUACCCCUUGUAUUCUCGUGGUGGAAAAUGGAUCACAGUUUUCAACUGAAUCGCUUGGAAUAUUUUAAAGCAAAGGAUUAAUGUGAUUGACAUGGAGAUUGCCAAAAUUUUCUCACUAAGAUUAUUAUGGUAGAGCUUUUUUGUUGUUGGAGAGAUCCAGGGUAUUGUUAAGGUGAAGGUAUUGGUGUACUUUCAUCGUAUGAUUUAUGGAGAAGACCAUCCGUUGCUUUAUGGAGACAAGUCUCUCUGAAUUAUCAUAAACAUCAAUAGCUUGG